AUGACUGAAAUGGAUGCAGGAUACCUUAUCCUGUACUCCCUGCCUCAGUUCACAACCCGAUGGAUCACAUUGAUCGUUGGUGUAGCCAUAAUGAGCUCCCCUAUCAGCGCAAAUAUUUACCUUUCCUGUGUUCCUCUUCUUCAACGCGGCACGAAUGUUAGCCUUCAAUUGAUCAAUACCAUCAUCACCGCAGACGUGAUCAUCCAGGGAGUAGCACCUGCAUUCUUGAGAGGAUUAUUAGAUGGACUUGGGCGUCGACCAGUAUAUUUGAUGACGUUUACUUCUUGUAUCGCGGCCGUCUACAAUGACGGAGAGCGAAAGCGAAGUAUCACAUCUGCUAUCGCUCUUCAAAUCAUAUUUCAGUUGUAG